AUGAGUAUUGUCUUUUACAAGUUCAAAUCAGCAAAAGACUUUGACACCUGCACCUUUGAUGGUGCAGGAAUCUCUGUCUUUGAUUUGAAGAGGGAGAUUAUGUUUGCAAAGAAGCUGGGAAAAGGCCAAGACUUUGAUCUGGCUCUGCAUAAUGCUCAGACAAAAGAAGAAUACACAAACGACACGACCAUUAUCAGCCGCAACUCGUCUGUUUUGGUGAGUCGUAAUCCACCGAGCAGACCAGGAAAAGGUACAGCACAACGAUAUCUAAGUGCGGCUGCUGCUCCCAUACCUACUACUACAUCAGCACAAUCAUUUGGUGGAGGUCGUGGUAAACACAUGCAUCAUUCAAAUGCUCCUGGUGGACAUAUGGCUGUACGACCCAUGUCUUUAAAUAACGUUGCAAGACCUCCUGGGUCGGAUGAAGCUACAAUUGGAGCUGAUGGUGCAGCUACACCUGACCGGAUUUCACUCAUGUUUAAACAAGAGGCUGAUCAAUGGAAAGAAACCCAAGAUCGAAUGGCUGUCCAACGGCCAAUAUUUCGGCCUACUAUGGGUCGAGGAAGAGGCUUUAUACCCCCUCCUGGAGAACAACGCCCUCCUCCAGCUGGUUAUAUUUGCUACCGAUGUGGCCAGCGUGAGCAUUAUAUCAACAUGUGCCCGACAAUUGGUGAUAAAGAUUUUGAUAACCGACCGAAAUUGAAGCGUACAACAGGCAUUCCAAAAAUGUUUCUCAAAACGAUUGAAAUUAAAGACCCAAGCUCGGGCAUUAUGGUCACCCAAACUGGCGAGUUUGUUGUGGCUCAACCCAACGAUGAGGCGUGGAUACGACAGAAUGCACAGCGUCGUACACAUGUUGGUGCAGGAGAUGUUUAUGAAAUGGCUCCAGUACUUCCCGGAUUCGAGUGUUUGAUUUGUCAAAAACUAUUGCGCGAUGCCGUGAGCACCACAUGUUGUAACAGCAACUUUUGUGACGAAUGUAUUCGUCUUGAACUACUUGAGCCACAAGAUCCUUUGAUGAAAUUCAAGUGUCCAGUAUGCGGUUCAGAUCAAGUUCCCGAUCAGUUGUUGACUAACAAGACACUGCGUCAACAAGUACAGUCUCACUUGCAUGAAUUUGCUACCAUGUCAAAUGGAGUAGCUGGAGAAACUGGUGACAGUGUCGCGACGGGCGAUGCUGGAUCUCACACACCUGCUCAAAGUACUGACAUGUCUUUAGGCGUAUCUGAUGCUAAAUCCGCUGAAAACACUGGCACAGUCAAGACAAAAGAAGGUGCGCGACACAUAUCUGCCACAAGUGAUGGCAACACAACCUCCCGACCAAUUGAAUCAGCAAACAACAAUGUUUCUGUAGAUCGAGAUGAACAACGCAACAAAAACUACAAAGACAAUCGCAGCGGAUCAACUCACCAAAUGAAUCAAUUCAAUAAUCGAAACAAUCAUGGAAACGGGGGUAGAUCCGCUCAUGGAAAUCAAGGAUCGGGCAAUCGUAAUGUAGCAUCGCGUAUGAAUUCACAACCCAUGAUCCAUCCCAUGGCAAUGAUGGCUCAGUUUGGACAGCAUCCGUUUAUGCCAUUAUCCGGUAUGCCUCCCAUGGCACUUCAACAGCAAGCAAUGAUGCAGGGAAUGGUGCCAAAUGGAUUUACUGGAAUGCCGUUUCGUCCACCUUCAUUUCCCUUUCCACCCAAUGUAACUGGGUUUCCUUCUAUGAUGAUGAUGCCUUCUUCAGGAGCGCCGUUUUCACAGCAAAUGAAUGGUAGUCGUCAACAUGACUAUGAUCAGGAUUCACGUCAAGAAAGUGAUAAAACUCGAUCCCGUGGACGUGAUGAUGAUGACCGAGGUGAUUUGAACCGAAGUAAACGGCAACGAGCAGAUGAGAGCGAAAACUCGGAUCGUAAUCAUUAUGAACGAAAUACAAAAUCUGACUCAAGACGGGACGGAGGACAUAGCAGAGACCGACGAUCUGAUCGAGGGUUGUCAGACGAACGCAGUCAUGGUAAAAAUGAAGACUCUAGUAAAAGAUUUGAUCGAGGUAAAAAAACCAAGUGA